AUGUCCGCCGUGCAGAUCAACUUCCCGCUGCCUGUCCUGCCCGCGGGCUGGGCUGCCGACAAGGACUUCAAGGCCACCGGCACCCUCUCCGCCCCGACGCCGCGUAACGUUGAGCCCGUCGGCCCUCACUUCCUCGCCCACGCCCGCAGAAAGCGCCACCAGCGCACCUUCUCCGAGGACGACCGCAUCCAGGCUGAGAAGGCCGCCAAGAAGGUCGAGGACGAGGACGAUGGCGAGAUUUCUGAGCCUGAGGACCCGCUGAUGCUCCAGCGUGAGGCCAAGGACUGGAAGGCCCAAGAUCACUAUGCUGUCCUUGGUAUCUCCAGGUACCGCUGGAGAGCCACUGAGGAGCAGAUCAAGCGCGCCCACCGCAAGAAGGUUCUCAAGCACCACCCUGACAAGAAGGCGGCCGCUGGCAAGGCGCAAGACGACAACUUCUUCAAGUGCAUCCAGAAGGCCACUGAGGUUCUGCUUGACCCCACCAAGCGUCGCCAGUUUGACUCGGUCGACGAGGCCGCCGAUGUUGAGCCCCCGACCAAGAAGGAGGCUCAGAAGGGCAACUUCUACAAGCUGUGGGGCAAGGUUUUCGAGUCCGAGGCCCGCUUCUCCAAGAUCCAGCCCGUCCCCAUGCUGGGCGACGAGAAGAGCACCAAGGAGGAGGUCGAGAACUUCUACAAUUUCUGGUACAACUUUGACAGCUGGAGGUCCUUCGAGUACCAGGACGAGGAUGUUCCCGACGACAACGAGAGCCGUGACCAGAAGCGCCACAUCGAGAAGAAGAACCUCAAUGCCCGCAAGAAGAAGAAGACCGAGGACACUGCUCGUCUGAGGCAUCUCGUUGACGACUGCUUGGCCACCGACGAGCGUAUCAAGAAGUUCCGCCAGGAGGAGUACGCUCAGAAGCACAAGAAGCGUCUCGAGAAGGAGGCCGAGGCCAAGCGCCAGGCAGAGGAGGCCCAGAAGAAGAAGGAAGAGGAGGCUCGCCAGGCCGCCGAGAAGGAGGCUGCGGCGAAGGCUGACAAGGAGGCGGCCAAGAAGGCUAAGGAGGCUGCGAAGAACGCUGCGAAGAAGAACAAGCGUGUCAUCCGUAACGCGGUCAAGGAUGCCAACUACUUCGCUACCGGCGGCGACGCUUCUGCCUCGCAGAUCGACGCUGUGCUCAACCAGACUGAUGCUCUGAUCACUAAGCUGGAUGCCGACGACCUUGCCGCCAUGGUUGCCAAGCUGAACGGCAAGAAGGAUGCUGCUGAGAUUAAGCAGGUCUACGCCGAGGAGGUCCAGCGCCUGGUUGGCGCGGGCAAGGCCAAGGAGGACGAUUUCAAGGCGCUGGCCUAG